GGUGGCACUUGGAAACCCAUCUCCUAUGCGUCACGAAAAAUGUCCGAAACGGAAUCCAGAUACGCACAGAUAGAGAGAGAGGCACUAGCGGCUACAUGGGCCUGUGAGAAAUUUCAAAUGUACUUGCCAGGCAAACAUUUUAGUCUGCGCACAGACCACAAGCCGUUGGUCCAACUGUUGGGAACAAAACCACUAUCGGAUUUGUCUGCACGGCUACAAAGGUUUAGAAUGCACCUCAUGCAAUACUCUUAUAACGUCGAAUACAUUCCUGGAAAGAAAAUGAUCAUUGCCGAUAUGCUUUCUAGAGCGCCGAUAGAAUCGACCGAUCCCGGCAGCGACGCGCUUUUAAUCGAUGAAGUCGAAGCGUUUGCGCAACACAUAGGAGAAACUUUACCAUUUUCCGACGCUCGUCUACAAAGGAUUCGCGAAGCACAAGUCUCCGAUCCACAAACGAAAAGAGUGAGGGAAUACAUCGUCAAAGGCUGGCCCACUAAAAAACGUAUGACCCCAGAAGACCGAUCAUUUCACCAGUUUGAAGGUCAAAUGGCGAUACUGAACGAUCUACUAAUGCGAGUCAACAGAGUGUUCAUACCGAGAGACUACAGGUCAGAAAUCCUCGACCAAAUACACGUAGGACACCUGGGCAUAACGAAAUGCAAAAGUCGAGCAAAGGAGACGGUUUGGUGGCCUGGAAUAAACUCUCACAUUGAAGACAAGAUAAGCAACUGCAAUAUUUGCAUUGAGCACAGGACUCCACCAACCGAAAAAUUAAAACCGUCUGAGACACCAGAAUAUCCGUGGCAGAUGAUCGGGGCGGACUUGUGUAAAGUAGCGGGAAGAACUUACAUAGUCGCAGUGGACUAUUGGUCAAGAUACCUGGAAGUAGCCAACAUGAAAUCCGAGACAGCGGAAGAAGCCAUAGCAAAACUAAGAACUUUCAUGGCAAGAUGGGGAAUUCCGGAAAUUCUAAGAACCGAUAACGGACCAUGCUUCCGGGGUAACAAAUUUAAAGACUUUGCUGAGAAAUAUGGAUUUCAGCACAUCACCAGCAGUCCGCUAUACCCCCAAUCAAACGGUCAAGCAGAAGCAGCCGUCAAAAUAGCCAAGAAAAUUUUAACGAAAUGCGAAGACCCAAAUCUAGGAUUGCUGAGCUACCGCACAGCGAAACUAAGCUGCGGAUUGUCACCAUCAGAGCUUAUAAUGGGCAGAACACCAAGGUCCAACGUACCAGCAAAUAAAAGCCUGUACAUACCGACAUGGUCAUACCUGCAAUCAUUUAAACGCAAAAGAGAGGUGGAAAAAGCAAAAUACGCGGCAGAUUUCAAAAUUCGCCACAGAGCGCGGUCAGUCUCCCCACUUGGGAUCGGCGAACAAGUAUGGAUUACGAACGCAAAGAAAUAUGGCGUAGUCGUGAACAAGGGACCGGAACCCAGAACGUACAUAAUAAAAGCAGACAAUAAUGUCUACAGGAGAAAUAGAUCACACCUCAUAAGAGUCACGAACAUACCAACUCAGCAACAAGAAGACCUAGAUAUAGAUCUACCAGAAGACUCCCAACAAAUAUCACGGGAAGAGGGGAAGGAGUUGAAAGAUGACAACAGAGGUCGAGAGAACGCAACCAUUGUCGAAACAGAAGCUGGAGAAGGAAGCCAAGCUGAAGAAAACGGAAGAGACCAGCAACGCACAAUCGUUGCGGAAACGGAAGAGAGCGCGAGGCAGAAGGAAAAUGAGGCCACCGCACCAAGUCCUACAGAAAACGCGACCGCAGUAGGAGGGAAAAUAGAGGCCAAUACCAGGGCACAUCAAGAAAAGUCAAACGCGCACCACCAAUAUGUAACUCGUUCAGGGCGCCUAGUUAAACCGCCGCGAAAUAUAUGCAACUGCACCAGCGGGUGCAAUCACUAAAGGCCGCUGCGAUAUUUUCCCCAAAAAUACUACUCAUUGUGUACGUAUAGUUAAAAGGACCAAAAGUGUGUGCGUGUAUUUAAAUCAAGUGUAUUGUAAAUAAUAAGUGUGACUGUCGAACAUAAGCAUGUGCAUGUUUAGUAUUAGUGUUAGACAAGCCGGGAACAUGACGUCCGGUCCGAACACCCUACAGAAGGGGGGAUGUGGUAUACGGUGUGACCGUGCGCAGGAGCAAAUGAGAGACAGCUCGAGAAGAGCCACGACGAGGGGACUUCGAGUGACGCGCGCGCGGGGUAAACAAGGUACAUGGCUAUGAAUUCUUCUAAGAAUUCCUAGAAACUGCUUCGGUAAGUACUGCAACAAAGUUAAUUAGAAAGAGUUUAAUGAAAUCUACUUAAACCCGCCCUACA